GAGGCUGCACCAGCGCCUGGCACCAUGAGGACACCUGCGCCGCUGCCCGUGCUGCUGCUGCUCCUGGCGGGGGUCCCCGCCGCGCGGCCUGCUCCCCCGACCUGCUACUCACGCCUGCGGGCGCUGAGCCGGGAGAUCACCCAGGACUUCCAGCUCCUGCAGACCUCGGGCCCCUCGGAGCCGUGUGUGAGAUACCUGCCCAGGCUGUAUCUGGACAUACAUAAUUACUGUGUGCUGGACAAGCUGCGGGACUUUGUGGCCUCGUCACAGUGUCAGAAGGUGGCCCAGGUGGAUUCCUUGAAGGAGAAAGCGCGGAAGCUGUACACCAUCAUGAACUCGUUCUGCAGGAGAGAUUUGGUGUUCUUGUCAGAUGACUGCAACGCCUUGGAAUACCCAAUCCCAGUGACUACGGUCCUGCCAUAUCAUCAGCACUAAGGCAGCCUCGACCAGAGAAAGAACCCAAGAGGACUGAAGUUAGGUCAGCUACCCAGACUCAAUGGGCCAAAGCCACGACCUCCACAGGUCUUGUGUUAGUUGCAACUGAAAAUGUUGUGUGUCUCUCUACCUUUGGGAAAACAGGGCUGGUAUUCCAUACUGGUUAGCAGUAUGCUUCUCAUUCCCUUGACUCAUGUCUUGCCAGGAUGCUUAAAUACACAGCACAUUGAUUUGGUCGCUAAGAAGAAGAAAAGGACUAACCAGCUUCUCUUUUAUGAACAACUCUCUUGAGAACAUGCAAAAUAGUAUGUUUUUAUGGCUGGUUUAAUGGAGGAAUGGUACUGUUUUUCUUGAUAGAAACCUGCUUACAUUUAACCAAGCUUCUAUUAUACCUUCUCCUAACAUAAACUUUCUUCACUUUCUUUCAUUUAAAACGAAAUUAAUACUCUUAAGAUAUAUUUGAAAGGUUUUUUUGCGUAGUGCUGACAGGAUCCACUCUUUCAUUGAAAGGUGAUGAAAAUCAAAUAAAGAUUAUCUUCACAAUGA